AUUCGUAAACCGCCAAACGUGCUUGAAGGACGUCGAUUGUAUAAUAAUGGCGUUUAUAUAGUUGAUGUUGAUGUUAGUUUGUUUGGUAGUUGUGUCUGAAACAACGGAGCCCGAGUGUACUCCUUCCAACUACGAGGAGAAAUUGUUGGAGAAGUUUGUGAGAAUGGAAUUCAAAAUGGAGCAGACAUUAAACCGCACGAUGCAAGGCGCAAUUGGCACUUUAAAAGAGAUUGAAGCAAGACUGUUGAUGUCUUCAACUGGAGCAACAUACAUCCGGUGGGGUCGAUCAUCGUGCCCUCAUUCGAACAACAGACUCGUGUACCAUGGAUUUGCAGGGGGAACUCACUAUUCCUACAUCGGAGGGGGCGCAGAUUUUCAGUGUCUACCUUCCGAUCCUGAAUUGGAAACUGUUGUCACAAAUGCCAAGUUUAGAAGCAGCAUGUGGGGGGCAGAGUACGAAACAGAUGGAGCAACAGCCUUGUCUUCAUUAAACAACCACGAAGUACCAUGCGCUGUUUGUUUCACGAAUGCUACAACAACCAUUAUGAUUCCAGCAAGGAAGACGUGUUACAGCGGAUGGAAACUCGAGUACUAUGGUUUUCUAAUGGCUGAGCGAGACAGCCUCGAUAACAAUAAGCAAUAUGUGUGUGUUGAUCAGAACGCCGAGGCAGCUCCGGGAAGUAGUUCAUCAAAUACUAAUGGUGCGCUGUUCAACUUUGUUUUCCCGAUUUGUAAAACAUUGAAAUGUCCUCCAUACAGCAGCGCAUUUGCACUUGCAUGCGCUGUUUGCUCCAAAAUGUAAUACAAACAUGAUCCCAGACAUGACUUCGGUAUUUGCUUGCAUUAACAUACAUUUGCUCAGCCUUAUGAGUGUGAAAGAACAGAAGGAAACAUUAGUGAACGUUAACGACUAUCCUCCGAACAUAAUGCAUUGUGCUUAUGUGCAUUAUAUUUUUCAAUGAAAUAUAUAUUAAAAAUGAACGAUCAAAUUACAAUAUGUACAGUGAUUUUUAAAUUGAUAGCACAAAUUUACAAACAACAUUCUUGUGUACCAUGGAUUUGCGGCGGGAACUCACUAUGCUAGCAGCGGAUGGGUCGCAACUUACAACUUGUAACUUACAACUUUUUAUCUUAAAUAACGAAUCUAGAACUGUUAAUAAGCCUUUUCCACUGUUGU